AUGGGCAUGGCGCACGCGCAGACAAGCGUGAACGUCCCCGCUCCCCAGUCCCUGCUUCUCUGCGCGCGUGCGCGAAAGGUGGCGGGCCCAGCCCAGAGUUGGGCGGGGCGUCUCCCUGGCCCCGCCCCUUCGCGCUCCGUCCCGCGGCGGCCCGGCUUCCCUCGGAGCCAGUCCCCCCCUUCCUCUCGGUCUCGCCGGCCUUCCUGCGGUUUCGCUGCGGCCGUCUGUUCCGCAGUGUGUCGAUCGGCGCGCGCGGGCGGCGGCGGGAAGAGGUCGGCAAAGGACGAGGGGGUGGCGAAGGGCGCGCGGUCCGAGGGCACGACGACCCCUGCAGGGCCAGCCUCCGGCCCACGCCCACCUACAGUUCAGCUUCCACCUCCCGCCGGAGUGGAUGCCUCGCGUGGCUGCGCCCGGAUGAGUUGCGCGUUGCCGGCCGGAGGCGGGGGGCCAGGGGAGUCCGUCCACAGGAGCCAGCUUCUUGCCCUGACCCAUAGGACCGCACCCACUCCCUCCAGCAGCCCUUACAUCCGGCCAGACUACCCUGCAUCAGGACUUCCAGGGACCCCCUUCACUGACCCUGAUCAAGGAUGCAUCAGCAACCACGACAGGUGUCCAAGACCAUGACCAGAAACUUCUGAACAAUUCUGGUAAUUCCUCAUUAAUGACUGGUGUCAUUGUGGUGUCCUGUGGCCCAUUAAGGAUUGAUCAGAGAGCCCAAUGGUGAUUGUUAUCAAGUCCCCAUUAAUGACUCCAAUCAAGGUUUCACUGAUGAUGUGACCAAAGUUCAAUGACCAUCAGUGACCCACAAAUAACUUUGAUCAAUA